CUGUCUGUGCGUUGCCAGUCUUGUUCCUCUGCAGACCUGAACCUCCAGCUGAACCCGGGACUCCAGCUCACUCUGCAGCGGUUGUAGAAAUGGCGAUGAACAGCAUCCUCAACCCUGAUGACAUUAAGAAAGCCCUGGAUGUAUUUAAAGCUGUCGACUCAUUCGACCACAAGAGGUUUUUUGAGAUGGUCGGACUGAAGGCGAAGUCAGCUGACGAUGUGAAGAAGGCUUUCUAUGUCCUAGAUGCAGACAAUAGCGGCUUUAUAGAGGAAGAGGAACUUAAGUUUGUUUUGAAGCAUUUUGCUACAGAUGGGAGAGACCUGACCGACAAGGAGACCAAAGCAUUCCUGCAGGCUGCGGACAAAGAUGGAGAUGGAAAGAUUGGAGCAGAAGAGUUUACUGCUCUGGUUCGUGAAUAAGUGACUCAAAUACUUGGCCUGUUCAUACCUUAUGACCCUUUGACCUCAACCUCAGCGUAACGCCCCUGAAGCACAGAC